UUUGCAUCAGUGAAGCAUAGCUCACUGACACCCGCGUGAAAGCACGGUGUGUACGUGAAAUCAAAACCUUUUUUGCAUGUCAAACAAAGACGCCGGACAAGCGAAUACCACAUUCCCUGUACGGCACGUGUUGCUGGAGGGUGUUUUUUUCCUCUUCUUUCUUUAAAAUAUUUUACUAAUGACGAAAUCGACACCCUAAUGACUACGGGUGCAUAAUGCAGCAUGAAAACAGGCACACCUACCACCAAAAGUUCACCGGGCGCAAGUGUUUUAGCUUUAAACAGGUAUCGCCGCUAAAACAAACUUCCUAAUCGCACCACCCACCCCACCCCCGGAGCUAAUGAGGAUACCGGUGAGCCCCGGGAGUGCAGACUAAUUCCGAGUACCGAGCCCGCAGAGCAACUGAACACGCAGAGCUCACGGCCAGUUGCUGAGGCAUACCAACUAUAAAUAUGCCAGCGGCCGGUUGGUUUCUCAAUCAUUGCAGUGUGAAACAUCGGAACGAGCGGUUGAACAACAUGAAAAGCAUUGUGUUAACUCUGUUGGUGGUAGCGGUGCAUCAAUCCUGCGCCAUCAUAGUGUCCCACGGGACGGCUGGCCCUGCCAAAAGGUUCGUCCCACUCGGUACGGCCGAGCGCGUCGUUUCGGCCCACACGUUCGACACGAAAAACCCGGAACCGUGGGGCAACAAGCAGUUCAAGGAGAUUACCAUCACCAAAAACGUCCCGGUGCCGUACCCGAUCAAGGUGGAGCGCCAUGUGGCCGUCCCGGUGAAGAUACCGGUCCCGAUCGCCAUCCACAACAAGGUGCCGAUCGUGGUCGAGCGCAAGAUACCGGUGUACGUGGAGAAACCGAUCCCGGUGCAGGUGGACCGGCCCGUGCCGUAUGCGCUGCCGAUCGAGAUUCCCAUCUUCCACAGGGUGGCGGUCGAGGUGCCGAAACCGUACCCGGUGCACAUCCCCAAGCCGUACCCGGUGUACAUCAAGAAGCCGAUCUUUGUGAAGCAGAGCAAGGCGCAGCAGACGAAGUGGAUGAAGAAAAGUCCCAAACCGUCCGCCGUUGCCACGGUGACGAGUGCGUGAGCGAUGUCGAUGAACCGGUUGCCGGUGACCGGUUCGAACUGUCAUUUCA